UGUCCAUGCAGUAUUUUCCAAAGCCUCAUGUAUUUGAAUUUCCAGAUUUUAGACCCUUUGAGAGCAAUGAUUACUGGAGCUCCACUGGAAGAUGCUCGUCAUCUUGCUCAACGUUAUAGUAAAAUGAGGCAGGAGGCGGAGAUACAGGCCACAGAAGUCUCCAGAAGGCAUGCACGAGUGAGGGAAGCUCCCAGUACUGAAAACUCUGCAAAACUGCAUGCUGCAGAGUCUAAAAUGCAAGAACUGAAAGCAAACAUGGCAGUUCUGGGUAAAGAAGCCACUACUGCAUUGGCUGCCGUUGAAGCCCAACAGCAAAGACUGACUUUUCAGAGACUUGUAGCAAUGGUUGAGGGGAAUAAGACGUUUCAUCAAAGAGUAGCUGCAAUAUUCAGUGAAGUUGAAGCUGAGAUGGUCUCUGAGAAACAAAGGAAAGAGUCUGCUCCUCCUGCAAUUUCACCAUAUGGACGCCCAGAGAAAACUUCGUACUUCCUGGCUGAAGUCAUGCAUCCUUUUAGUGCUGAAACAGAAAAGGAGUUGGGCUUGGAUGUGGGUGACUAUGUUGUAGUUCGGAAGGUGACUCAAUCGGGAUGGUCAGAAGGGGAGUGCAGAGGUAAAGCAGGAUGGUUUCCGUCGGCGUAUGUUGAGAAACGCCAUGGGCUUCCCACAAAUACGGUGGCUGCUGAAGUUUUCUAGUUCUCUUGUGUGUGUUCAUUUUUUAUUCAUAUGGGCAAACAAGUUUACAUAGCAUCACUAAAUAGAAAAGCCGUUGGUCCCUGUUACUUGCAAUAUUUGUAUGUAAAUGUUUGGUUUACCUUUCAUAAAAAGUAGUUUCCCUACUAUGACAUCAUUUAUUGAUUGAAAA